AUGUUUAUUAGAUAGUACAGCACCUUGAAAACCUACAACCAGUUUCCUUACGAGGCACCCUCUUACAAAAAAAUGCUGUCUGUGUAGUGUUAGAUUCAGGAUUGAGGAAGUAAAGCUGACUCAUUUUUUCCCCAACUAACAAUGUGUGAAACCAGCAACGAUUUCAGGAGAUCACGUGAGCUCCACAGAACCUUGUAUGAGAGGAACCAUAGGGACGUCUGUGUGCAUGUAUAAAUCUCAUUGUUUGAUUUAAUCAUAUUUCUUGGUUUGUUUGUUUGUUCAUUUAUUUAUUUUUUAGGAUCAUGGAAACUGUGGGAAAGGAGAUGCAGGUAUUCCUGCAAAGUAUCAUGACUUUCUCUGAGGUAGCCUACAAUUAGUUGAGUCAGGAUGCUGGAGUGCUUGAUGAAAUCUUUCAAAUUAACAGCGACUGCAGCUUUCUAUACUAGUGAAGUCACAUAAUUAAAUAGAGCACAAAAAAUAGAGCAUACAAAUAGUGCCUGUAGCUAUUGAAUUAGAAACUGUAAUAUACUGUAACAGAUAAAACAUACCUACAUAACAAAAUAACAUGGGUUGUGCCUCAAAUUCAGCAUGACACCACAAAUGCUUCAUAGAAAAGCAAGUGAACACCAAAGUAGGCUACACUUUUUUGUACACAAGGAAGUGGCCUAUAUAGGAAAUGUUUAAGUCUAAAGACACACCUACUGUAGCCUAAGCAGGAGCUGUUUUGCAGCAGUUUAUCCUCCUCCUCAAAAUCUUGUAGAAGAGGCACGACACUUUUAAUGAACUAAGGAACAAUGGCGAAAUCCAUUAAGGAUCACCUGCAAGAUACUUUUGAUGAUCUUGGGGAGGGAGAUCAGAGAAAGUUUAAAAGCAAACUGUGCGACCGGAGGACAGGGCCGCGUGUACGGCGAGCUCAAAUCGAAAAGGUUACAGAUUCUAUAGAUCUCACCAAUUUAAUGGUGAACACUUUCACGGAGACUGGUGCUGUUCCUGUAACGAUCGAGAUUUUACAGGCUAUUGGCUGUAAUGAACAAGCAUCGGAGCUCAAAGAGAACGCAGGUAAAUCAGCUCUACGUGUUCCUACAGUUCCUUCGCCAGCCCCAGCCCCAGCCUCAGCCUCAGGUCCAGGUCCAGGUCCAAGCGCUCUAUCUACUGAGCACUUCAUCGAUAAGAAUCGGGUGGAACUGAUAAACCGAGUGCAUAAUGUAGACAGCAUCCUAGAUCAACUUCUUCAGAUGAAAUUCAUCACAAAUGAGGAUUACGAAUCCAUCCAUAAUGAGAAAACCUCACAAAAGAAGAUGAGAGAAUUAUUCAUGGGCCCGAUUAAAUCUGCUGGCACUAGAGGGAAAGAUGCCUUACACCAAGCUCUCAGGCAGAGUGAGCCUCACUUGACAGAAGAACUGGAGCGUCAGUGAAAGGCCUGGAUAUUUUUACAUUUAAUGUUUCUAUUUGCUUGUCUAAUUAGUAUACAGAAUACAUAACGUAAUCAAGGAACUUCCAUUUUUUUAAUAAGAGUAAACAAAUAUUGUUUAAACAUUUUAACAUGCCAUCAUUUGAAUGUUGUUUCCCCUACUUUUUUUCUUCCAAACAGACAAACUGUCACAAAAUCAGGUGCGUCCAAAAUCUUGCUUGUUAACUGAAAAUAAUAAACACUUGUCCAGUAUCUUGAAAAAAUUGGUCUUUGUCGACUUAUCUUUUUAUCACCAGUCAAUAAACAAGCAAAUCAAGAAACCAGAUGUUUUUUGUUUGUUUUUUUCUGCAAACCGUUUUAGUUUCUUCAGACUGAUGUAAUUCACAGUUAAUCCGAGAGCUUUCUGACCCUGCAUAGACAGCAACGUAACUGAACUAUUUUAACGAUGUCCUUGGUAAGUUUCUGGGUCUGGGAACAUUUCAGUUACAUUGCUGUCUAUGCAGGGUCAGAAAGCUCUCAGGUUUCAUUAAAAAUAUCUUAGUUUGUGUUACGAAGAUAAACCAAGGUCUUACUGGUUUGGAACGACAUGAGGGUGAGUAAUUAAUGACAGAAUUUUCAUUUUUUAUUCAGACUUUAUAUUCCUAAUUCAACUUUGCAUAUAAUGUCUUCUUAAUACAAUAUUGUAUUUGUUUUUAUUGCUAUGUGACUUAAUCAUUCUGCAUUCUGCUUUAGCUUAGUCAAUGCAAUGCUAUACUACUGUAGAAAUGUCACUAGAAAUAUACAGAGGUUUAUAUUGUCUGCAAGACUAGUCCUCCUCCUCAUCCUCAUUAUUAAAGGAAUGGUUUACCCAAAAAUGAAAAUUUGCUUAAAAUUUACUCACCCUCUGGUCAUCAAAGUUGUAGAUGAAUUAGUUUCUUCAUCAAAACAGAUUUAGAGAAAUGUAGCAUUACAUCACCUGCUCAUCAAUGGAUCGUCUGCAGUGAAUGGGUGCCGUCAGAAUGAGAGUCAAAACAGCUGAUAAAAAUAUCACAAUAAUCCACAUGCCUUGAUGUUCAUAAUAAAUCCAUCGUUGGGAGAUUUUUAUCUCUAAAAUACAAGUCUUCCAUCCAUAAUAUUUCUUCCUCCAGUAAAAGAGCUGUCUCAUCUGAAUCAGGAGAAAAAUAUGCACCGUUCACAAGUGAAAAACAGUCCAAAAACAGUUUUGUUGUGAGAUUUUGAUGUGAGAGGGCAACAGGGAAUGGACUUUUUUCACUGUAGGAAGCGUUAUUAUGGAUUAUGGACUUGUAUUUUGGCCGGAAGCAACAGUUUAAAGUCUUAAUGAUGGAGUCGUGUGUAUUAUUAUGAUGUUUUUAUCAGCUGUUUGGACUCUCAUUCUGACGGCACCCAUUCACUGCAGAGGAUCCAUUGGUGAGAAAGAGAUGU